CGUAAAAUCUCUGUGCGUGUGCGGGUUCUACCGGCUUUUUCUGUGUGCUCCCAGGGAAAACCCCGGAAAAUUUGCGGAAACCAAUUUCGUGUCCGUUUUGCUGACUCCCGUUUUUAAAAAAGUAUUAACUCAUCUCGAUCAUCAGAAACAUGCCUGUCCCGGAGCUCCAGAAGCCAGCGCCCGCCUUCAGCGGUACCGCCGUCGUCGAUGGGCAGUUCAAGGAGAUUAGCCUGGCGGACUACCGUGGCAAGUACCUGGUGCUGUUCUUCUAUCCGCUUGAUUUCACCUUCGUCUGCCCGACGGAAAUUGUCGCCUACUCCGACCGUGUGGAAGAGUUCCGCGCGAAGGGUUGCGAGGUCGUCGCCUGCUCGACCGACAGCCACUUUGCGCAUCUCGCGUGGAUCAACACACCGCGCAAGCAGGGAGGUCUGGGCGAGCUGAAGAUCCCGCUGCUGGCGGACAAGUCGAUGAAGAUUGCCCGUGAUUAUGGUGUGCUGCAGGAAGAAUCGGGCGUCCCGUUCCGCGGACUGUUCAUCAUCGACGGGAAGGGCAAUCUGCGCCAGGUGACGGUAAACGAUCUGCCGGUGGGCCGCAGCGUGGAUGAGACGCUCCGAUUGGUGGAAGCAUUCCGCUACACGGACGAGUUUGGCGAAGUAUGUCCCGCCAACUGGAAGCCGGGCAGCAAAACGAUGGUUGCCGAUCCGCAAAAGUCGAAAGACUACUUCAACGCUGUGAACUAAAUCGACGAAAUCCGAAAAAACUGCUAUCAACGCGUCACGCGUGACCACCACGAUGUCUAACUUUUCCGUGCACUCUUCUGCAAAAGCUCACCAGUAGUGUGUGUGAUUGUUCUCAUUUACAUCCAUCGAACACCAAUGUCACCUUUUUACUAACUUCCGCCCGUACUUCACGCUGCUCUCGCCUUUCUGGAUGACCGGGUAGAACCUGGAACCUGGGAGAAACGUAACAUUAAGAGGCUCACAUCAACGGUACGAACGAAUAGCAGACGGGGCUGGCUGAUAUGAUCAACCACCUGGAACGCCAAAAAGAAACAACAAAAGAGAGAAUUAAUUGGGAUUCGCUCAAGCACAGUCGAGAAUUGCAUCCUCGCUGUGGGACACACAAAGAAAAACCCAAAAUGCCGGAACGAUGCUAUGCUGGGGAAGAUGGAGUGUGAAAAUGAAACCCCCUGAGCAAAACUGGAAAGGCAGAAGCGUGCCGCACUAUUGAGAACAAUAAAAUGGAAAUGCAGUAUUGAGUUUUUGUACAAG